AUGCAGCAAGGCUCAGCAUGGAAUAUGACGAGCUGUUGCUGUACUGCCACUGCACAGGAUGCCACCGAGAUGCUGGAGACGCCCGAGGAGCCGGAAGGGCCAUCGUCGGAGCUGCCGCAAGUUGACUCGCUGGAGCCGCACCCGGAGCCUGAGAUGAGCUCAGAUUCGCCAAAAACCUUCAUGCCGUCUGCAACCAUCUCUCUGGAGUGGAGCAACUUCAAACCCACCAAGAAGGUGGAAGUGGAUUCGGGCACCUAUCCUUUGUGCCCAGGCAAGCCGGAUGAGGCGCUGGGCCAGUUGCUGAGGAGCUUGACAGAAAUCGCCGACGACAAGCCUGCAUAUGCGAGACGCAGCAGCCUCCUCGUGCGCAAGGCGACAUCGCUGAACCAGCAAAGCGAGAGCCUGAAGUGCUUGCGGGAGACGCUGCACUUGCUGUGGCCCAGGGUCAAUGCAGCGGUCGAAAGGUUUAUGCUGCAACAAGUGCAGCCUUUGAUCCGCGAGUCCCUCCCGGCACCUUUGAGGGGCUUCCGCUUUCGUCGCUUCACGUUCGGCCCGGGCGUGCCGACCAUUCUUGGGAUCAAUGUGGGCGAUGCCCCCUGCCGCGACGAUGGCCAGCGGCAAGGAGUGGAAGUGCGAGUGGCCUUCGAGCUUGAGUCUGAUGUGGACAUUGUAGCAUCGGUGCUGGGCAUCAAAGCAGGUCUCAGCUAUCUGUCGAUGAAAGGCAGCUUGGUGGUUCGCCUGGAGCCGCUGGUGAAUGAGAUUCCUGUGGUUGGAGGCCUCGUGGCCUACUUUGUCGACCCGCCGGAGGUCGACUUUCGGAUGAGCUGCGGCCCUGCCCAGGUGUCUGACUGGAGCAGCUUGAAGCAGCUCCUGCACAGCAUCUUGAACUACGCGGUCAGCAGCAUGCUUUUGCUUCCCAAUGUCAUCCACGUGCCUUUGAUAGAGGACGAGGACCUGGUGGAUACUGCCACCCUCCGGGACGCCAAGCCGUUGGGCGUCCUGAGGGUCACUGUUUCCAAAGCUCCCGCCAGCGGCCGCUUGCUCGGCUGGCCACAGGUGCAGCUGAAGCUGUGCGGAGAGGAGUGGACUUGUCCAGCCGCCCAGCCGAGCUGUUGCUGGGAGUCCCGCCAGCCCAGAGGAAAGCUGUACCUGCACCUGCAGGCGGCCUCUGAUCUGACGGCCGAGAGCUUUUUCGCGGUGGCGAAGGUGGGGAAGCAGAAGCGCCGCUCUGAGACGGCCAAGGGGGCCUGGUGCCUCGGAGCAAAGGUGGUGAGACCAUCUCCUUUUACGUCGAUGACUCUGAACAAAGUUUGCGCCUCGACGUCUUCAGUGCCGGCAGCCUUUGGCGCCGUGCCCUGGGCUUUGUGGACAUCAAGGUGA